AUGGGGGACGUAGCGCCUCAAUCACCUAGCGACGACACCGCUGGCUUCUCCGAUGUCUCUGUGCCUCCUCCAGCCCCAGUCGAUGUCCACGACCACACCAAUCACCACCAAAAUGUUCCAGUUCACACCAAAGACGAGCAACCCAUGCCCCGCAUCAAGCCGAUCACUCCCCGGCCUACCUAUAUGGAACACCUAGCCAAUUCCCGGGAUAUGCAAUUCCACCUAGGUCAACAGCAUGAUAGUGAUUUGGAACGGUACUUUCACGGACCCCGUGACAUGGAUAAGCACUCUAAAUGGCCCAUUUUCAUGCGUCUGCAUGGAAGUGUCAUGCCAAAGAUGAUUCUGCCCAUGCUCCUUGUCGCAGCAUGGGCCACUCUAAUUACCUGCAUUUCGCACUUCUGGCAUAACCUCGGUAUCAACGACAUUCUGCUCACCGUGUUGGGUUUCGUGGUGGGUUUGUCAUUGUCUUUCCGGAGUUCGACCGCCUAUGAACGAUGGGCCGAUGGCCGAAAGUACUGGGCCCAACUCAUCCAGACAUCUCGCAACCUUUCUCGCAUUAUUUGGAUUAACACCGGCGAACGUGAAGGAGAGCUAGGAAAGAAGGAUCUCCUACGCAAACUUUCCGCAAUGAACCUCCUUCUCGCUUUCGCUAUUGCCCUCAAGCACAAGCUCCGCUUUGAGCCUGAUGUGGCUUACGAGGAUCUCGCCGGUCUGAUCGGAUAUCUAGACACUUUUGCCCGGGAGGCGCACGACCACAAUGUCGUCGAGCCUCCCCACAAGUCUACCUGGAAGUCUGCGGGCGAGUAUCUUGGCGUCUCAUGGGCGGAGUCGAACCCGCGGAAGCUGAUCAAGCGCGCGAAGAAGCCGCUGGGUCACUUGCCCUUGGAAAUUCUGCACCACUUGUCUGCUUACAUUGAUUCCGUUGUUGACAAUGGGACGAUGAAGUCGACUUUGCACCAGGGUCAAGCUAUUACUAUGAUCACAACUCUCAACGAGGUCCUUACCGGAAACGAGCGGGUGCUGGACACCCCUCUGCCCUCCGCAUACACAAUCGCUAUCUCUCAAAUCUCCUGGAUCUACGUCCUGGUUCUUCCGUUCCAGCUGUACAACUUUUUGACUUGGAUCACCAUCCCGGCCUCCGUUGUGGCUGCAUACAUCAUCAUCGGUCUCGCUACUAUCGGCAGCGAAAUCGAGAACCCAUUCGGCCAGGAUGUCAACGAUCUCCCACUCGACACAUACUGUCGCCAGAUUGCCCUGGAGCUCGACAUCAUCACCGCCAUGCCCCCGCCCAAGGUCGACGAUUUCAUGGAUCGCGAAGACAACCUCGUCAUGUUCCCUCUCAGCCAGAGCGGUAUUGCCGACUGGCAAGACCGCAGCGUAGCGGAUAUUCGCGCUGCGCUGGCCGCCAAGGUGGUUGCAAACGUGAACUCGGUGCCCGAUUCGUCGGAUUCGUCUACCGUUGGUGGGAAUGCGUUCUCAAUUGGCAAGCAGUCUGUUUAG